CAACUGACCUACCAGGUCUACCAACACCAGUGGAAGAGAAAAAACCAAAGACAAUCAGUCAUAUAUUUAGCCAUUUCCUUUUGCUUUUUCUUUCAGUCAGGUCUCAUUGUUGCGUGUUACCAUGGAUACGUGGAUGUGGUCAUCGCCCUCUCCCAGUGCCCAUACCUGGAUGUGAACUGGCAGGACAACGAGGGCAACACUGCUCUAAUAACAGCAGCACAAGCAGGUCACGUCUUCAUUUCCUGCUACCUCCUGAAUUACUUCCCUGGUUUGGACAUUGAGAGGAGGAACUGUCACGGUUUCACGGCGCUGAUGAAGGCUGCCAUGCAGGGCAGGCCAGAGUGUGUUCGAGCUCUCAUGCUGGCAGGAGGGGACAUCCGCGCCCGGGACUACGGCCGCCGCAUGACACCCAGGGAGUGGGCUCUGUUCACGGGUCGAUACGAGACGGCCAGAUUGAUGGAUCAGCUGAUGUCAAAGCCCUGCGCCGAGCAGUUCUGUGACUCAUUUUCUCUGGAGUGGCCCAUGUUAGAGGAAUUGGUGACUAAGGCGCAAGAAAAAAGGAGUUGCUGGAACAAUCUCAUCAAUCGCCUGACCUGUUGCUCUUUCCGGUUCUUUAUUAACAACAAGGUGAACCCCAUAGACAACGGCGUUCUCGACCACAUGGUCAGGAUUACUACCAGUUUAUCCAGUCCCCUCAUUGCCCCAGCAUGCCGAACGGUGUGCCCAGGCAGCCCCCCGUGCAUCGGGAAGCGCCGUUACGCGGUACAGGAGAUCCUGAGGCGACAGAGGCUGGCGGAGCUGAAGCGCCUCGGCCCGGACAGACUCAACAACUAUAAGAGAUUUUUCCAGAACUCGCGGGUCCUCCUCAUUCCCAAGGCCAAGGACCGCAGGGCCAGCCUGCAGCCUCAGCUGCUCAGCGACAUGGCGGCGGCCUCCACCGUGGUCAUCCGGCGAGCCAGCCUCCUGCCGCUCAACAUGCUGAGGAGGAGCAGCGUGCGUCCAGGCAUUGUGGUGCCAAAGGUGACGCUCUGCAAGGCCCCCGCCCCGAGCUUCACACCGGAGAAGGUCAAGCGCAGGGAUAACCAGAGUAAGCUGCAGAUCCCCAAAUGGGAUUACAAGAUGAAGAAAAUAGAGAGGAGGCAGGAGGAGGACAGACAAAGACUGCUUUUGCUGACAAGACGGAGGUAAAGGGAAGAAUAAAAACCUGCAGUUUAUAUUGAAGUGUCUUUUCCAAAGUCCAUCCUGACGAGUCAUGCUUGUCUUUAGAAUCUAAGAAAUUCAGUUUAACUUGCUCUUUACCUGGGAUAACUUGUUGCCUUGUUUCUAAUUCAUAUAAUUUUUUUCUUUUUGUGUGAAUAUAAUGCUGCAAUGAUACAAAUAUCUGUACAUGGUAACAUAAGUAAAGAAAGUUGUAAAUGUUAACCACGCAAUACUAAUUAAAA